AUGACAGCGGGAACGGUUGUGAUCACUGGCGGAAUCCUAGCUACGGUCAUUCUCCUCUGCAUCAUCGCCGUCCUGUGCUACUGUAGGCUCCAGUAUUACUGCUGCAGGAGGAGCAGAGCCGAGGAUGCACGCGAGGAAGAGGAGGAGGACCACGACCUGCCCGCACACCGCAGAGGGCCCGCCUGCAAUGCCUGCAGCUCCCGGGCCCUGGACGGCCGAGGCGGCCUGGCGCCUCUCACCAGCGAGCCCUGCGGCCAGCCGUGCGGGGUGGCGGCCAGCCACUGCACCGCCUGCUCCCCAUACAGCUCUCCCUUUUACAUACGGACGGCUGACAUGCUGCCCAACGGGGGCGGAGGCGAGAGGCUCUCCUUUGCUCCCACAUACUACAAGGAGGGGGGACCCCCAUCCCUCCAAGUGGCAGUGCCCCAGAGUUACCCGAUGACGUGGCCAGGCUCUAGCCAUGAGGCCUUCACCAAUCCAAGGGCUAUUAGUACAGACGUGUAA